GUGAAGUCAAUUUUAAAAAUCAAGCUCAAGCUUGGCAGUAGGUGAGACCUAUCUUCUGAUACAUUAAUUGUUAGCUUUUCAAAGCGAGAAUCUUUUAGUCUAUUCAUAGGCGUUAGAGAUAGGGAACCAGAAGAACACCAAAAGAAUUAAAAUCUUAUAUGAGUAAAUACAAUCUGUGAUGAUGCCAAAGCAAAUUGUGAACUGCCAAAAUCUAAAGCCGCUCUUCGAAUUAAGGCUAUGCACUUGAUGUUAUUGAAAUGUUAAAGAUAUUGAAAAUAUUGGAUUAAAUUAAAGUCGGGCUAGGAUAGUUUAGUUAUGCACUACGUGAAAUAAUGAAUGAAAAAAUCUUCAUUUCCCACCACAACUGCAACGGACGUUCAAUUUUGAAAUAAAGAAAAUGUGAAAGUUUCAAAAAAUUUACCUUAUAUAUUGAAAGCUAAUGUACCCUCCAGCAGAGUUAGUUAUAUACACAACCGUGCAAUUGAUAAAAGGCCUAUUGGAUAUUAUGUGUGGCCAUUGGCUGUUAAAUCACUAAUUCAAUGCGUUGUUUUCGCUAUUCUUUUAGUGACCCAGCAACUAGAAUAUUGAUGAGGCUGCGGUAAACUUCACGAGUCACAUAAAUUGGAUAAUGCAUGGUUUGAAACCUUUCCCUAUCUUAUGUCAGCGCGCUGACGUAAGAUACUGAUCCAAUUCUGCAGUAGACCUUAUUAAUAAGUCCGCGUUUACUUCAGAUGUCUGUAGCUUGGGAAGAAGCCGUACACAUCAGUUUUAAGCUAUGACUAGCGAGAAUCCAAGAGGCAUGGAAUCUUUAAUUCAAAACGUGACAAACAUUACCACCACAGAAAAGUACGGGAUAGAUAGAGACUUCCUUUCUUGUUAUCAUUUCAACAUCGUUCACUUCAACCUUGGAGACAUUUCGCCCGGUUGGUACAUUUUUAGCUGCGUGUUGAAUGCUAUUUUUUCAGUCACAGCUACGGUUGCCAAUUUACUGGUUCUCGCCGCCAUUCGAAGGACUCCCACUUUACAUUCUCCGUCCAUUACUCUUUUGUUGAGCUUAGCGCUAUCUGAUCUUGGAGUAGGGUUAAUUGUCCACCCUUUGUUUUUCGCCCAAAUGCUUGGCAAGGUUACAAGGAACAAAGCCGUUUUCUGCGGGGCUGGGAUCACAGUUGAAAUAACUGCAAACGCUUUGUGUAUCAUUUCCCUUCUGACUGUCACUGCAGUUAGCUUGGACAGGUAUUUAGCUCUACAACUUCACCUUAGAUACAACGAACUCGUCACGAUAAAGCGAGUAGUAAUUGUGAUUGGAAUCAUCUGGGUUAUUGGCGCGUUUAUUGGGUCUCUGUGGCUCUACAAGCCUGAAAUGGUCAAAAUCAAGGUGAUGACAACAAUUGUGAUAUGUCUUUUGACUGCUACGUUCUCUUAUUUUCAAAUUUAUCGAGUUGUUUCACGCCACUAUCAUAAUGACGUUAUUCUCAAAUGUGCCCUGGAACAGGUGAACAAUAGCAAACAAGUGCCGAACAUGGCGAGUUUCAAGUCUCACGCGCUCAGUGCCUUCUGGGUUUAUUGUUUAAUUGUCGUAUGCUAUUUGCCAUAUUUUUGUGUGGUGGUCGUGAUAACGCUGACAGGACUUUCAGUCGCAAAGCGGUUUCUCUAUGAAAUAACUGCCAUCUUGGUUUUCAUAAACUCUUCAUUGAACCCUUUGGUGUAUUGUUGGCGCUUAAGAGAAAUUCGCAACGCGGUGAGAAAAACUGUAAAGCUGUGCUUCCAGUCUUGGCAAGAAAGAGAACGUUGGCAACAAGAAAAUGCUCAGAACGUUAGAGAGAACUAUAUGCUCAGAAUAUGUAAGGACACGUCGUGAUAUCAGUUGUUAGUUCAGCAAACUCACAUGGUUAUUUUUCUCCAUCAGUGGUACAUUUUCUGCGUCUGGAUUGGGUAGUACUUCCUCUUUGAACAAACUAAGUCAUCGCUCCAGUCCAGGAAACAAUAAAUAGUGCAACUAGUUUUUUUUUUUCGAAUGUUUACCCUUGCACACUUCAAAACAAGCCUGGCACCUCAGCAAAAGUCUACUGUACUAUGAGCUGAUUAAAAAAAAAAAAAACAUCGACCGUCUAACGUAGCACUUAAAAGUAGUAGAAAAUACAUCGCAAUUUACAUAAGCCCCUGUAGAAAAACAUGCGGGAAAUAACCGUAGUUAAGGGUUUACCUACUAGCAAGGUGAAUUUGAGAACACAGGAACAAUUUAGAAAACGCGACGGCCAUAUGCAUAGGACAGCGUUCUUAUGAUAUCUUAUAUAAAAUCAAUCCAAUCUACUGUAAAUAACCUUGUUAGUGACGGAACUCUUACGGAAGCUCUUUCAAUGUUUAUCCUGCACUUAAAUUCUGAUCAGUACAUCCCUUUUCGAUUAAAGGUGUUUUAAAAGUCGCGUGACCUGAACCAAGGUAGUACGCUAAAUUUCAUUGGCCAAUCAACAUUUCCUUCAGUUGGGGUUAUGUAAUCCAAUUCGGAUAUUACGAGAACGUUCGAUAAAGCUUUUAGUACAAGUUCUUCUCAGUUGUGAUCUCUCAACUUAAAUCAACAAAUCACUUCAAUUAUUGUCACAUUGUCGAAACUGUUAGAGUGUUCACAACCCCUGCAUUUCUCAACUAGAAAGGUUUGCGACAGGAAGACCAGG